AUGGAAGGUCAAAUCAUUAAUGCUAUCCAAAUAGCCUUGAGCGGGUCAUCCGAUCAAAAGCUACAACUACAAGCGUACGAAUUUCUUAAUGAAGUCAAAGCGACUAAAGAUGGCUACAAUACAGCAUUGGAUUUGAUCUCCAAGUCAACAACAUCUGAAAUCAACGCCGACCUCAAAUUCUUUCUUUAUCAAGUGAUUGAAGAAAAUGUCGAAAACUUGACCCGCGACGAGUGCCAUCAACUUUGUCAAGUAGUACUACGCAUGUUGUCAGAGUUUGUUGCACACGACAUCAAAGACCCGGCUUAUUUGAGAAACAAGUUUGCUCAAAUACACGCCAAGGUGUUCACGAUGGUGUACAUAGAUAUUUACCCCAACUACAUUAAUGACUUGCUUGAAUUGAUUCUGUCGGGUAACCAAUUGGCCGUGGAUUAUUAUGCAAGAAUUCUAAACAAUAUUCAUUCAGAAGUCGGAGACAAGUACAUUGCCCGUUCCCAAGCAUGGGUCGAUAGAAACGUAAUGAUCAAGGAUGCAUUGAGGGACAAAAACAUGAAUGACUUGGUGGCCAGCUGGUUCAAGGUUUUGACGGGAAGUGGAAAUUCGGAAGAAAUUCUCGACAACACUUUAAACAUCAUUGGACUGUACGUGGACUGGAUGGACAUUGCAUUGUUUGUUACCCCGCAGUGUAUCAACACCAUCGUUGGGUAUCUCACUCGUAAGCAAGAGAGAAAUACUACAUGUAAUACUUUAAUUCAGAUACUAUCCAAAAAGAUGCCACCAGAAGACAAAGUCGAAUUAAUAUCCAUUCUCAACUUGACGAAUAUCAUCUCAUCAAUAGAUUUGUCAGGCGACGUUGAAUUUGAAGAGCAUGUAGCGAAGUUGUCCAACCAAAUUGGAGAGGAGUUGUUGUACGUCUUGGGCAAUGAGCCUACCUUGAUCAAUCAAAUCAACGAGCAUUUAUACACGUUAUGGCCAAUCAUUCUCACAUUUUUAAGUCAUGAAUACGAUGACGUUUCGCAAAAUGUUUUCCCAUUUAUACAAAUGUUCCUUAGCGCAUGCAAAAAGAAUGCGUCAUUAUUUUCAAUUGAGCUAUUAUCGACACUUUUGAACAAAAUUAUUUUAAAAAUGAAGUACGAUGAUGAUGACGAUGGGGAUGAUGAAGACGAAGAUAGCGAAAGACAAUUUACCGAAUUUCGAGCCAGGCUAAAACUAUUUCAGGACCAGAUUGCCGGACUCGCGCCUGAUUUGUAUAUAGAAGCUAUUCCUGUUGUUAUUAACGAGUCCCUUUUUGAAGGCGGCAAGUCAUGGAAUAAAUUGGAAUUGGGAUUGUUUGAAUUGAGCAACUUUUCUGAAAGUUUAAAGAUGAAUUUGAUCAACGUUCCCAAAAACAAGUUGAAUGAGAGCAAACCGUUUAUGAUUUUCCAGGAGUUUUUGAUCAAAUUGAUUGACUCGUCAUUUAUACUAGAGGUCAACAAUCCACAUAUCCAAUCUAGCUUCUUUGAAUUGGUGGUCAAACACUACAGUUUCUUGAAUUCCCACGAGAAUAGACGUGAUUUAGUUCUUCGAAUUUUGGAGAUCUUCACAUCUCCUUUGGGAUUAUUCAAUGAUAACGAAAAAGUCAGGUUAAGAAGCUGGUAUUUAUUUUUCAGAUUCAUGAAACUCACCAAACCCAAAUUGAACAACGAACAAUUAAUCGAACAAAUUGUGUUGAAGUUGAGACCAUUACUUGUCAUCAAAGCAGAACUUCCAACGAGAGAUGAAGACGACGAUGUUGUCGAGAACGGAAAUUUUAAUAAUCAGCAAUAUCUUUUCGAAACUAUAGGCUUAAUUAUAUCGCUCGUUCCUCACGAGUACACAUCUUUAAAAGUAAAGCUCAUUGACUCCGUGUUUCAACCAAUUUUUAGUGACUUAGAAAAAUGCAUCUCAAUCCAAGACAAAGAGCCAAUCAUUGUCCUACAGGCACAUCAUCUGUUGAUGGCUCUCGGAACAAUUGUCCGUGGGUAUGACUAUGAAUCUAACCUUAAAUACCCUCCUGAAGUUGUGGAAAAAGUAAACAAUGCUGCACAAGUGGUGUUGAUAACCUUGGAGAACUUUUCCAAAUUUGAAACCAUAAGAGAUGCGUCGAGAUUUGCCUUCGCAAGAUUUGUUCCUUUAUUGAGCAGUGCUGUUAUCAGUGGCCAUUUAACUAAAUUGAUCACCAUCAUCUGGUCAUCACCAAACCUAAAAAUUAACGAAAUUAGUGAUUUCAUGAGCUUUUUAGGUCAAAUUGGACAUACUUACAAAUCAGACGACAAUAUUUAUCAGUUACUCAAUAACUUUUUCACCCCAUUGUUUUCAAAAGUUUUCCAAACCUUAGACCAACAAAUUACAGAGGAUGAGAAUUUACGACCCGACAUAAUCAGAGACAAGAAUUUUUUGAAAAAGUCGUUGCUCAAUUUUUUGAAUUCGAUUAUUAUAAACCACUUGUCGAGUCUAUUAGUUACAGAGACCAAUAAAAAUGAGUUUCCUACUAUUGUUUCCAAGUUGUUUGAAUAUUCGUAUGAUUUAUCCGAUACAGGAGCUUCAAAGUUGGCCAUUGUGCAACUAAUCAAUCUUGUCAAUGUUUUCGGUGAUGGGGGCAAAAUCACCGAUGACAAGGACUUGUACGGCCAGUCUCUUCCGGCUAUUGAAGGUAUUGAUGAGUUUUUGAUGGAAAAAGUUGUCCAACUAUCGUUUGAGUUACCAUUCCAAAGACAAGAAUUUGUACUAGGAGACGCUCAAUAUAGGUUGAUUGCUCAGGAUAUUGCUAUGUUGCUCAAAACAUAUCAGCAAAAGAAAGGAGAAAGCUUUAUCAAAUUCUUGGGAACUUAUUUAACCAACAUGGGAUUAAGUCAGGAUUUGCUUAAUGAUUUCUGCUCCAAUUUGAUUAACUUGGACAUAAAAGAUUUCAAAAAGUACUUUGUUAGUUUCGUGAAUCAAAUGAAGGGAAGUAAAUAG